UGUUGUGUGUAAAGUGUAAAAUGGAAGGUUUGUUGCCUUAAUCAAGUUCAAUGUAAAUAAUUCCUUCCAUACAUGUCUGGAAGGAGUAUAGAUAUUAUUGCAGAAAUGAUGUUAAACACCGUUUGUUACUUACUUCAGAGAUAGCACUGUAGAAAUGACUCCAAAAUGGAAGACCACUAGCUCAGAAUCUACUUCAACAACCAGCUCUGGUUCUUCAUCUAGUAGUUCUUCAAGUUCAGGCAGUGAAUCCAGUUCAUCCGAUUCAGAAAAUUCUAGUAGUUCUGCUAAUAGUCAAAAAGCAUCUGAUACAGAAAGGAUAAAGAAGAAAACAACAUUCCCUCCUAACAGACAUGGCAAAUCUAAAACUGAUGUAGCUGCUAUUCCAUCAGUAGAAAAUAAAACUAAAGAAAGAGUACCACCAAAGAGUAGACCUGUGGUAUAUUCUUCAGAAUCGGAAGAAUCACCAAGUAAAAUAAAAGCAACGACAAAAAGAAAACCACCUGCAAAACCAAAAGCAACUGCUACAGUAGCUCCUGUUGUAAAACAACAAAGACCACCAGCUAAAUCACUAGUUAGUACUGGCCAGCAAAAAAAUGCACCAAAUUCUAAAUCAGUUGUUAACAAGCUAAACAAACCCUGUACGUCUGCAAGUACUAAUGGGAAAGGUCCUGACAAAUCUGUAAAAACCACUUCAGAACCUGUGCAAAAGAAGUUAAAAAAAAAGAGCAUAUUCAGCCCUGAGAAUAGUAGUGAAAGUGAUGGUGGUAUUGCAACAAAAACAAACUCAACAAAACCUAUAAAUAGCUCUACAAAGUACACAAAGAAUCAGCAAUCUAAGCCAAAAUCAAAUGAUGCAAAGCAAAAAACUGUUGUUCCAAAUAGAUCCAAUUUAUUAACUAAGUCAGUGCAAUUACAAAAAUCAGAUAGCUCUGCAAGUUCAAAGAGCUGUUCUGCAGGUUCAGGUUCUUCGGGAUCCACAGAUAGUAGUACUGAUUCCGAGUCUUCAGAAAGUGUUGCAAGCCCACAACCGCAAAUAAAGAAAAAAGAUAUUCAACCGAGUGUAACAAUAGGCGCCACUGCAAAUGUUCCACCAAAGCGACCUUCUGCAACGGUUGCGCCUGUAAAACCACAAAAGUGUACAAAACGACAGGGUACAUUAAAAAGUGAGGAUGAAGCUGACGCGUCCGCGAGUGAGAAAGAAAUGGACGAACAUGGAGAAACCGGUACGUCGAAAGGAACAACUAAAGGGAAACGGAAGCUUCAAACGCGAAAAGGAAGCAAGUUACUUCAACUUCAAACAAAGGCGGCCAGCGAUUCGGAAUCCGAUACAGCUGAGAGCAAGAGGAGUACCAGCAAAUCACCCGUUAAACGUGCCGGGCCUAGCACCGCAGCCAGACAUUCGUCCGGAACCAACAGAAUACCACAGAACAGUAGUUCCUCGAACGCUACAAGUGGAAGAUCUGGGCAAGGCAGUUAUGGUCGUACACGCGUAAACAAGGAAAGAGAAUGUCCUCUAGCACCCACAUGCGAUUCGCGGGGUCAUCUCUCCGGAAAGCUCGAUUCGCAUUUCACUUUAGAGGCUUGUCCUCUGUAUCAUAACACUACGCCGCAAGCUUGCGUGGAGUUCUAUAAAGAAAGGAAGAAGCGCGAAGAGGAACGAAAGAAAGCCGUAACAUGCUUGGCGAAAAAGUCCCCGAAGGGGUUGCAUCAAACAACGGAACAACGAAACUACCAGUUGAAAGUAAGAGAAAUGAGAAACAAAUGGAAAGGAAGUACCGGCGAUGGAAACGAAAGCGACAGUAGCUGUGAACUUCAAGGAAACGAGAAAGAUCGUCAACCACGUUUAACGAAUCUAACUCCGGAAUACGAUCUAAAAUUAUUUAUGGAAGCACAAGCGAUCGCCAGCGAAAAGAUCGAGAAAGAACUGAAAGAGUUAGAUUAUGACGGCGAAGGUAGAAAUGGCGGCGGCACGAGAGUCAUUGAAAUGGGAAAAUGGGAAAUGGAAGUGUGGUACCAAAGUCCUUAUCCAGAAGAAUUUAGUCGCGCGCCAAAACUGUACCUCUGCGAAUAUUGUUUGCGAUAUGCGAAAAGUCGUCAAGUUUUAAGAAGGCAUAGAGAGAAAUGUCUGUGGAGACAUCCGCCCGGACACGAAGUUUAUAGGAAGGACAAGAUAGGAGUAUGGGAAGUCGACGGGAAACGCUACAAGCAAUACUGCCAGAAUCUCUGCUUGCUGGCAAAGUUCUUCUUGGACCACAAGACGUUGUACUACGACGUCGAGCCUUUUCUUUUCUACGUGAUGACGAUUGGCGACUCUGAAGGUUGUCACACGGUCGGAUACUUUAGCAAGGAAAAGAGCUCUUUCCUCAAUUACAACGUGUCCUGCAUUCUGACGCUGCCGCCUUAUCAGCGCCAGGGAUACGGCCGACUGCUGAUCGACUUCAGAACGCCUCCGCGGUUUCCGUGGUGUGGUCUCUCGUCGACGUUGCGGUCGCUGGGAUUGAAAGGCGUCGUCCGGCACGCGCUGCAACUCCACGGUUGUCGAACGAGCAUCUCGUCGGUUUUCUGUCAUUGAACAACCGCAGCCGUCCCGUGCCGCUUAAACUCGCGUCUUCCUGUCAGGACUUUCCGUCAACCUUCCUUCGACCUUAGACCUCUUUAACGCGAUUACUCUCGGCCGCGUGCAACCCAGUCUGCUCCGAGAUCUGAUUCGCGCUUCGACCAGUCGCCACGAAUCGGUGUCGGUUCCCCUGCGACGCGGAAUUCCCGAGGAAACGACAGAGAACCGGGAAUAAAAGGGAAAAAGCGGAAGGAAGAAGAAAAAAAGGAAAAAGAAGAAGGGGAAACUAAGACGCACACGAUGGCGAUCGAUUUGGCGUGUCUCCGGGUAUUUCCCGCGAUUCAAUCCAGCGAUCCGGAUGGAAAGAACGGAAUGGUCCGUUUCCCCUCAUUGUCCCCUAUUUACGCGUCUGGUGAACGUCGCGGAAGAGAAGGAGACGAUGGGAAAGAGAGAAAGAGGGAAAGAGAGGUGAAAAAAGAAGGGAAAAAGAGUACAACGGCUGGUGAGUUACGAGCGUCUCCGUUGGCGUAAAGUCGCUCGACUCGAAAGCCCU